AAGCCCAUGAAGCCGCCGUCUCUCUUGCGGAGAUGGUCUCUCUCGUUUUUCUUCUUAUCGCAUAAGCUUGCCAGCGUUCUAAAGCAAUGGCUCUCUCGUUUCAGCAGCAGCUUGUCCACUGCCCUCUUCAUCGCUCUCCCCAAUUCGCGACAGCGUGGCUAAAUAAAGGGGGUAAUUUUAUCAGCAGCAUUAGGGCUCAGGAACCCAAGGGAAACGGGGGCAGUGGAAGAAGAAUCUGGAGGCGAAGGAAACUGACAAAGAAAGAUGACAAAUUGCGCUACAAGAUGGAGCGUAUACCUUUUCUCGAAGAACAAGUGAGGAUGAUUAGAGAAACUGGAAAGAUAAUGUCUAUGGACAUCGCGAGGCUGUUGCUAUCAGAGGAGAAUAGGUUCGAUUUUGUGAACGAGGUGGCUGCUGAAGCUACAGAGUAUGUGGAGAACAACAGAGAUGAGUACGGAUCAAAGAAACCUAUAUUACAUGUACUCAGUAACCGGAUGAACGAGGCUGGAUUCAGUCGGCCAGAAGCCUAUUUGGAGCCUGAUCCUUUCAAACCGGGGCCUGGAUAUUUGAGAAAUGAAUUGUAUGAUUAGCGCGUCUUUUCUAUUAGUUUGUCAAUUAUGCAGUAAGGAAUCCUUAUCACUUGAAGCAUAUAAUAAAUCCAGUUGUCUGCAUUUCGGAAAGUCUUGUUGCCAAGCUCUGGCUUUUAAUGUUGUUUUCUGUGAAAUUCUCAUAUCUGGUGAUGAACAGCUGCUAAGUCUCGAGCAGUCUUUUGAUUGAA